GGCCCGCAGCGUCUGGGUCGGGCUCGGGCGGAGACUGGCUUGCGCACGGAGCAGGCAGAAAGGAAAGUUUGCGGAGCGGCCGGCGCGGGGCCAUGUGGUUGCUGUGGCUGCUGCUGGGCUCGGCGGAGAGCCAGCUGUUGCCUGGGAAUAACUUCACAAAUGAAUGCAACAUUCCUGGAAACUUCAUGUGUAGUAACGGACGCUGUAUCCCAGGGGCCUGGCAGUGUGAUGGGCUGCCCGACUGCUUCGAUGAAAGUGACGAGAAGGAAUGCCCAAAAGCCAAAUCCAAAUGUGGCUCCACGUUCUUCCCCUGUGCUAGCGGGAUCCACUGUAUCAUCGGCCGCUUCCGGUGCAACGGCUUUGAGGACUGUCCAGAUGGCAGUGAUGAAGAAAACUGUACAGCAAAUCCUUUGCUGUGCUCUACUGCCCGAUUCCACUGUAAGAACGGCCUUUGCAUCGAUAAAAGCUUUGUAUGCGACAGUCAAAAUAACUGUCAGGACAACAGUGAUGAAGAAAGCUGUGAAAGCCCUCAAGAAACUGGCAGUGGCCAAGAUUAUGUGACCUCAGAGAACCAACUGCUCUAUUAUCCCAGCAUCACCUAUGCUAUAAUCGGCAGCUCAGUUAUCUUUGUGCUGGUGGUGGCGUUCCUCGCCUUGGUUUUGCACCACCAACGAAAACGCAACAACCUCAUGAGCCUGCCUGUGCAUCGGCUGCAGCACCCUGUCCUCCUGUCCCGGCUGGUGGUCCUUGAUCAUCCACACCAUUGCAGUGUCACCUACAAUGUCAACAAUGGAAUUCAGUACAUGUCCAACCAGACCUGCCACAGGCCACUGGAUCUGGAUUCUCCACCAUCGUAUUCAGAGGCUGUGUUAGACCAGAGCAGACCCCCAUGGUUUGAUCUUCCUCCACCCCCUUACUGCUCAGAUUCUGAAUCCCCCAGUCAGACAGAUCUCCCUCCUUACCGAUCUCGGACAGGAAGCUUGGUGAGCACAGACACUCCAAUGGCAGGAAGCCCCUUGAGCACAGGCAGCAGUCGGACAAGAAGUGUCAGUAACAGUAUGGACCAUCGCAGAAUGCUUUGUGAGAGAACACCUGAGCAAAAUGACUCUCUGAUCAAUCCUGUUACUGAAAGAGAAAUGUGACCGGGGAAUUGAAAAGGGUAUAUGGGUUAGUCUGCUGUGGCUUGUUACCGUCAGAGAUGGGCCUGAGCUGUGAUGUUCAGAAUGGGAUUUGAUUUGAAUCCAAAUCCCAACUUCCCCAAGUUUUACAGGUCCACUGUUUUGGUGUUUGGGCUCAUCAUAGGCAAAGAUCAGAGCCAUGAGCUGAAGAUCCAGGUUCACAUCUGGACUGCCCAGGGUUGAUAGAGGAAGGGUUAAGUCUGGGAUUCAAGUUCAGAUCUGCUGAAUACUUAAGACUUUGUGAUUUAAUGUGUUUCAGGGUGUACUUUACUGUAUAGGUAUGUAUAUAUGUGCAUGUGUAAUAUCUGUAGGUAUUCCACACAAAAAUACUGUUUAAAAAAAAUCAAGGUUACCAAGUCAAGCACUCAAAAUAUAGGAAAUGACAGAAUUCAGGUUGCCCCCUUUUUGUGGGCAUUAAGGUACAAUCUUUAAUUACUUGAUCACACACUAAAUUUUUCCACAGGAUUCCUGACUCUUGGUGUGCAUAGAGUGGAUUGUGCUCCAUUAGUAAGCAGCUAUUCAAUAUUUUGUUUUAGCCUCAUUGUUCAAUGUGUGGUUCUAGGCUUUAUUUAUUGCACACUAUUCAAACCCUGCUGUGAAGGCAGAAUUAUUAAUUUCCUUGUGGUUUUUCUGUGGCACUUAUCAUUAUAGCAUCUAAGAAGCUUCACAAACAUUAAUGAAGUUAUUUUCAAAACAAUUCCAAGAUGAAGUGGUAGCAUGCCCAUUUUUCAGAUGGGAAAUGAGGCACAAAGUGUGUCCACUAAUUUUGGAUGUCCAAUUUGAGACAUCUUGGACCUGAUUUUUAGAGCACUUAACAUUCUAUAGCACUUUAUAUGUUCAAACAUACCUCUCAUUGUCUUCAGUUGCAGCUGUGAGUGCUCAGCACUCCUGCGGGUCAGACCCCAGGGUCUCAAGUCUGGCACCCAGAAAUGUAGGAACACACAGGAAGUGGCCACCUCUGAAAAGUUUGGUUUAAGUGCCCAGUGUCACAUAGGAACUCGGUUGCAAAGGAGGAUAGAAUUUCAGUUUUCCAGGGCAACUUUCAACUGCCGUAACCAUAAGAUCAUCCUUUCUCGUCUGCAGUCACCUGCUUCAUCCACUACACACCUUCCAGCUUCUGCAGUAAAUGAGGCAGGAGUCCUACAGACCAGUCGCUUUUACUACACAACCCUGAUUUAUCCCCAGAGCAAGUGCAUCCCGUGCACUGAAUGAAGCAGGGGUCCUGUAGAAAAAAUAGUGUGUAAUCAUGUAGUUUAAGACUGUACCAUAAUGCAUAUGCCCAAAGACUCCAAACUAAAGUUGUGCACACAACCUUAAUUCUGGCAUGCCCUAACUUGUGUACACUUUGGGAGCCAACAAAUCUUACCGCAUUAUAGGUGAAACUGCAUUAUAUUGAACUUGCUUUGAUCCACCAGAGUGCACAACCCCCCCCCCCCCCCCCCGGAGUGCUGCUUUACCGUGUUAUAUCCAAAUUCAUGUUAUAUCAGGUCACGUUAUAUCGAGGUAGAAGUGUACUUGAUUAGCAAGCUUAAUGUUUUUAAUGUAAUUUUUUGUGUGCAAUUUCAUAGGUUUUUUUUAGAGCAAACUGAAGAAACAAAUUCCAAUAUGUAGCAUCAUAUUAACAUCCAGCAUAGGUCAUCAGCAGGACUGGAACCUUUAGAUCCACUGCACAA